UCCACACAGCAAGGCGAGAGGUGGUGGCGUCAUCAGCAAGCGCGGCCUUGUGCUCCUUUCUGAGCUCAUGGCGGCGCUUCUUCUCCUCCGAAGGCCCGCUUUGGCCUGGUUUCCCCCGGCCUCGCGUGGCUGCAGCUCCGAGGAGGCGGCCUUGGAGGUGGUGCGGAUCCCUGAGGCCUGGAGGCGCCGCCUGGAGGAGAAGCAGCAGGCCGCAGAGCCCUGGAAGGAAGGCCCCGAGCCCUUGGGCGGGAAGCAGAGGAAGCUGCUCCUGAGGAGCCGGCGGAAGGAGCUGAGCCAGGCCUUGGGGUGGACUGUAGGCCGCUGGGAGAAGCCUCGCUUGGUCUCAGACGGGUGGAAGCACCGCCUUUCCCGAGGAGACCACUUCCAGCUGGAACGCACCAGGAAGGAAGCCUUGAGGGAGGAAGAGAACGACGAAGAAGGCCUCUCCUUCCCAGACUUGGGCCUGGAUCCGCAGCUGGUGGCCAUUCUGGAAGGCGCUUGGGGCAUCUCCCGGCCCUCGCCGGUGCAGAAGCGGGCCAUCCCUGUCCUCUUGAAGGGGAGCAACGCGCUCUGCGGGGCCGAGACCGGCAGCGGCAAGACCUUGGCCUACCUGCUCCCUUUGGUCCAGCGGCUCUUGACGUCCCGCCAUUUGCCUCACACGAUGGGACGGGUGACCCACCCUCAUUCCUUGGUUGUCCUGCCUUCCAGAGAGCUGGCGGGGCAAGUGAGGAGCGUCGCCGCCCGGCUGUGCAGCCCUUUGGGCCUGGAAGUCCGGGGCAUCGGCGGUGGGCGGGGCAUCGGUGGCAUACGGAGGAAGAUCCGCGACGUUCCCGUCGACCUCCUCGUGGCCACGCCGGGCGCCUUAUGCAAAGCCCUGCGGAGGCACAUCUUAUCCUUAGAGCACCUCCUCUUCCUCGUUCUGGAUGAAGCAGACACCUUACUGGACCCCAGCUUCGUGGACUUAGCCCGAGACCUGCUUCAGCAAACGCCGCUGGCCUCCAGUCGCAAGGAAGCAAGCGAUGUUUGGGACCCCAAGACCCAAGUGGUUGCGGUGGGAGCCACUCUCCCCAAAGGGUUGAGCGAACUACUCAGCGAAGUGGCUGACUCCAGCAGCUUCCAUACCGUGACGAGUUACGGCUUGCAUUUCCUCCAGCCUCAUGUGGAGCAAAAAUUCAUGCGCCUGAAAGGCAGCGACAAAGUGACUGAGCUGUUGCAGCUCCUCAAGGACCGCGGGCCCACGUCGGGCGCGGUGCUGGUUUUCUGCAAUGGCGCAAGCACCGUCAACUGGCUUGGUUACAUCUUGGAUGACCAUAAGAUCAAACACCUACGCUUACAGGGCCAAAUGCAGGCCGAUAUGAGAGCCGACAUCUUUGACAGUUUCCAGAAAGGCCGCUGUGAUAUCUUAGUGUGCACUGACAUAGCGUCCCGGGGGUUGGACACCACUCGUGUGGAGCUAGUAGUCAAUUAUGAUUUCCCACACACAUUGCAUGAUUAUUUGCAUCGGGUAGGACGGGCUGGCCGUAUAGGCAGCACCUUCCCUGGGACGGCAGUCAGCUUUGUGACCCACCGGUGGGAUGUGGACUUGGUCCGGAAGAUAGAAACUGCAGCUCGCAAAAGGACUCGCUUGCCUGGGUUGGAACCAGUCGUUCAGAAGGCUUUUUCUAACAAAAAGUAAUUCCCGACCUAUUUAAAGGACCUGCAUUUUUUAUGUUCUUAUUGAUCAAAUAAGCCAAUGUUCAAAUAAAAAACCACAGCAAAUAUAUAAAACAUGAAUUGCUCUUGAUGUGGAAUUUUGAAUUUUAAAAAUAUGCCUAUUGUUUCCGAGAAUGAAAACCACACAUUCUGUCUGAGGGGGGGAGAAAGCGCACCGCGCAUCAGUGCCUGAUUAUGUAACCCUUGCAAAACCCAUGUAGACAUCUAAAAAAAAGAAAUAGACCCUUUUGCAAGCCAACUUGAUCAGGUAUCCAUUAAAGCUUUCGGUGAGAAAGAAAAUGCAGCGUGAGGCAGCAUAACUUCCUUUUUUCAAAACUUAAUAAAGCCCUUUGUAUGAAUCAGAUUUUUUUUUUAUAAUGUAGGCGCAUACCUAAAGUUUUGUUUUACGUAGUUUUGAAGAUCAAAUUUGGUAGGUGACGUCCCCCAUUCUCCAUACACUGAGUAAACCGAUUUCUGGCGUUUGUCAUGACUCUUGCCAGCAUAGCAGGCGUUAUGUUGGCAGUUUCUUCCUGGAUGUUGGUCUUCAAAUCUUGUAGGGUCCUUGGAGGGUUCACAUAAACACGGGAUUUCAAAAAACCACAAGGGGCCAAAUCUGGAGAGCAGGCUAGCCACUCCAAAUCCGCUCGAAAAGUAGGCCUCAACGGCAAAAGCACACUCCUCACUGUUCCAACGCAGGAUGACGACUGAACGUGUCAGGACUUUAUACUCCCGCCUCUCUAACGAGACCACUAGCGCUUCGCUACAUCUUCAACCAACUGGUGCACAUUUCAAAAAAGGAAGUUAUGCUGCCUCACCCUGUAUGUGCUAGAACACUAGCUUCAAAUGAAAAGGAACCUACACUUAGUAGGAUGAAAAGAAUCGUACACUAAAAAGCAUUUGAAAACUGCAAUUUGUGAAAAAGCAAUAAAAAUCCAAUAAAAGUUACAUUUAAUGACA